ACUCGCACCCGCUGCCCCCGAGGCCCGCCCGAGCUCUCCCCGGCACCGCUCUCCGGCCCGCGCCCAGCCCGCCGCCGUCGGAGCCGCCAUGCAGUCCGCCCGCACCGUGCUCUUCGUUCCGUUGCUGCUGCUGCUGCUGCUGCUGCUGCCGGCGGCUCCCGCCUGGGCGCAGCCACCGCGGGCCGGCCGCUCGGCGCCCGCCUCCACCGGCCCCGCCGCCGGCUGUCCCGAGCGCUGCGAGCCGGCGCGCUGCGCCCCGCCGCCUGCCAACUGCGAGGGCGGCCGGGUCCGCGACGCCUGCGGCUGCUGCGAGGUGUGCGGGGCGCCCGAGGGCGCGGCGUGCGGCCUGCAGGAGGGCCCGUGCGGCGAGGGGCUGCAGUGCGUGGUGUCCUUCGGGGUGCCUGCCUCGGCCACGGUGCGGCGGCGCUCGCAGGCCGGCGUCUGCGUGUGUGCCAGCAACGAGCCGGUGUGCGGUAGCGACGCCAACACCUACGCCAACCUGUGCCAACUGCGUGCCGCCAGCCGUCGCUCCGAGAGGCUGCAGCAGCCUCCGGUCAUCGUCCUGCAGCGUGGAGCCUGCGGCCAAGGGCAGGAAGACCCCCACAGUUUGCGGCACAAAUACAACUUCAUCGCUGACGUGGUGGAGAAGAUCGCCCCGGCCGUGGUCCACAUCGAGCUGUUUCGCAAGCUUCCUUUCUCUAAGAGGGAGGUGCCAGUGGCCAGUGGCUCUGGGUUUAUCGUGUCGGAAGAUGGACUGAUUGUGACCAAUGCCCACGUGGUGACCAACAAGCACCGGGUCAAGGUCGAGCUGAAGAACGGGGCCACCUACGAAGCCAAAAUCAAGGAUGUGGAUGAGAAGGCAGAUAUUGCGCUCAUCAAAAUUGACCACCAGGGGAAGCUGCCCGUCCUGCUGCUGGGCCGAUCCUCGGAGCUGCGGCCGGGAGAGUUUGUGGUCGCCAUCGGGAGUCCAUUCUCCCUCCAGAACACCGUCACCACAGGCAUUGUCAGCACCACGCAGCGCGGCGGCAAGGAGCUGGGGCUCCGCAACUCAGACAUGGAUUACAUCCAGACGGACGCCAUCAUCAACUACGGAAACUCUGGAGGCCCCUUGGUCAAUCUGGACGGGGAGGUGAUUGGCAUUAACACUCUGAAGGUGACGGCUGGCAUCUCCUUCGCAAUCCCCUCUGACAAAAUCAAGAAGUUCCUCACCGAGUCUCAUGAUAGACAGGCUAAAGGCAAAGCCAUUACCAAGAAGAAGUAUAUUGGUAUCCGAAUGAUGUCGCUCACGUCCAGCAAGGCCAAAGAGCUGAAGGAUCGCCACCGUGACUUCCCGGACGUGCUGUCGGGAGCGUACAUCAUUGAAGUGAUUCCAGACACUCCGGCAGAAGCCGGUGGCCUCAAGGAAAACGAUGUCAUCAUUAGCAUCAACGGGCAGUCGGUGGUGUCGGCCAAUGACGUCAGCGACGUGAUUAAGAAGGAGAGCACACUGAACAUGGUUGUCCGCAGGGGCAACGAAGACAUUAUGAUCACAGUAAUUCCCGAAGAGAUCGACCCCUAGUCAGGCAGGGGCUGGAGUUGACCUUCCCCCCAGACCCCCUGCGGUGGACGGUGCGUGGGGACUCUGGUCUGGCGAGGAGCGACGCCCACGACGUUGGACCGCCCUGUGGCUUGCUGGGGCGGGACUCGCCGGCCAGUGGAAUCCCUCUUGAUCGGUUGCAGGCAAAGCCGACGAUGUGCUGCUGUGGAUGUGCAGGCAGCAGCCGUGCCCCUGUCCUCUAGGUUGCAGUGUGCUUUUGCUCGCGGCUUGGGCAGUUCCUGCUUAGCCAGUCCACUCUCAUCUCCUCCCCUAACCGAGCCGGCAUCCUAUUCUGAUUAGUGCAGUUGGUCCCACACGUGGCAGGGAGGGAGGCCCCCUGGGCAACCGACACGUCCUGGGCACACACGUGUGUCUCUGCAAGUCAGCACCCAGGGGAGGGUGGCCCGCGGAGACUGGGGCUGUGGGCAAAUGCUGCUUUUGAAACGGCCAGAGUUGCCCUUUUUGAGGGGUCUCUUCAGACUUGGGAGCACCAUGACUUUGAGUUUGAGCUAUUAAAAUACUUCUU